UGCAGGCGGGGGCCAGCUCCAUGUGGGCGUCUUGCUGCGGGCUGCUGAAUGAAGUCAUGGGCACUGGUGCGGUGCGAGGGCAGCAGGCAGCAUUCGGAGGUGGAACAGGUCCCUUUAGAUUUGCACAGAGUGCAGAUUUUUCACCAUAUCCUUCCUCAUCCUCCACCAUUGUGUGUAAAGCUUGUGGCGUGGCCUUUUCUGUUUUUCGAAAGAAGCAUGUCUGCUGUGACUGCAAGAAAGAUUUCUGUUCGGUUUGCUCAAUACUUCAGGAGAACCUCAGGCGUUGUAGUACCUGCCAUCUACUACAAGAAACAGCAUUUCAAAGGCCUCAAUUAAUGAAACUGAAAGUAAAGGAUCUGCGACAGUAUCUGACUCUAAGAAACAUCCCCACCGAAAGCUGCAGGGAGAAGGAAGACUUGGUGGAACUGGUGCUUUGCCACCAUGGCUCAUGUCCGGAAGAGGAGAUGGAUGUUAAUAUGGACAACUCUGCACGGUCACAGACAUCUGCCUUCUCUUUUAUUUCUGCUUUAUCAGCGCCUUCAUCUUCCUUAUCCUCAUCUCAGGGAGAACUAUCUGAUAGAAGCGGGAGCAUGGGAAGUGCUUCUACAUCCCAGGGAACAAGUGAAAACAUAUCAGUAGCAUCAGAUACAGAAGCCCUGGAAAACCAAGCUAAUGAUCUCUCACGAAAACAGGCGAGAGCCUCGCUGUCUGACUUAUCAACGCUGGAUGAAAUAGAGGCACUUACGAUCCGACAACUGAAAGAAAUCCUGGCUCGCAACUUUGUCAACUACUCAGGCUGCUGUGAAAAGUGGGAGCUAGUGGAGAAAGUCAACCGGCUGUACAGAGAGAAUGAGGAUAACCGAAAGUCCUUGGAACAUCUAGAAUUCAAACCUAACCAAGAACGUGAUCGGCUGCAGUUGACCGGUAAUGAUGACAACCUCUGCCGAAUUUGCAUGGAUGCUGUAAUCGACUGUGUUCUCCUGGAGUGUGGCCAUAUGGUAACAUGUACCAAAUGUGGCAAGAGGAUGAGCGAGUGUCCAAUCUGCCGCCAGUAUGUGGUGCGGGCUGUUCACGUCUUCAAAUCUUAA